GUUCUGUGCAAAGAAGACGAUCUCCCUUCUUCUACGACUCUAACUAUGGCGCUAAACUUUGGCGCUGGUGCUCGCCGGCUGCCCGUACCCCCUGCCUACUCACAGCAGCAGAAUCCUCAUACCAUUGACGCAUUUGAAGUGUACGGCUUAGGCAAUGCGGGUGUCGGGUAUGGGGGCAUCGGUUACGCCGGGGGUCAUAUUCAGCAACUGGCUGGGCAAUCAAACCUCCGAUCUCAUCGCCCAAGCGGUGUCCCGAAUGAGGGUGGCACGCUUCAUAGGAGAACACGCAGAGUUUAUCCAGCCACGGAAAACAUUGUGAGAAACGAGUCACCCGUGGACGAAAAGACAUUCCUUGACGCAGAUGAUGUAUCCUCUACCAUUCGAGAGAUCCCUCUGGCUGAAAGACAACGGGACUGGAGGAUAUGGCCCAUCUAUGUCAAAGAAGCGACUGAGAGGGACAUGAAGCUUGCCAAAGACUGGAACGAAGACAUGGACGUCCUACUAAUCUUUGCAGGCUUGUUCUCCGCCGUCGUCACUUCUUUUCUCUCACAGAACGCAAUUAGCAAUCUUCAAACUCCAUAUGAUCAAUACACCGCGGCGAUUGCACUUCAGCAGCUCAGCGGCGUCUCUGUUCAGCUCACAGGGGACUGCUCGAAUUCUAUAGAUCAACAAUUCAAUUCGUCAUGCUUCCAGAUCAACUGGCAAGAUCAGAUGGUCAAUGGAUUCUGGUUUGCAGCUCUGACAUUCAGUCUUUCCGCUGCCCUGCUGGCCAUGUUGUCCAAGACCUGGAUUCGGGAAUACUCGUCGGGAUUGGCCGCAGUUCCGUAUGAUCAGGCGCGUCAGCGGCAAUAUCGCUUCACUGGCCAGAAGACAUGGAAAUUUGGAGCAGUACUCAAUUCACUCUUGACAUUGCUUCAUAUCUCCGUGUUUCUCUUCUUUGCUGGUCUCAUCGUCUUCCUGGAAGAACUGGAUAUUACGGUAUUUCAAGCGACCACGACUCUAUUCGCGGUAGUCUUGGCUCUGUAUGCCGUCGUCUCAGCUCUUCCCCUCUUGUUCCCUGACUGCCCAUUCCGCUUCCCGUUGAUGAAGAUACUGCGCGUCUGGCUGCUACAAAAGAUCCGAUCCAGACGGCAGCAAACGUCGUUCCGCGAUCAAGAGCUGGCGAAGAUCGAACAAGACUCGUCCGGGAUCGAGGCACGUGCCCUUGCCUGGCUUUUGCAGAUCUCCGAGAUGUCUAGCGAGAAGGAAGAUGUGGAAGAAGCCGCUCUGGCUGCCCUGAAGCACUUGACUCAGAACGAAGAGCAAGCCAAGGCGAUGCUGAAGGAAGGAACCUUACCCACGCUAUACCGCCUGUUCAUGGACUGCACUGACGAGGAGGACGAACGCACUGUGCGUGUCAUGCGGGCGAUCGAUGCACUGUGGAGGUCAAAUGCCAUGGUAUCAUGGAUCAGUAGCAAGGAUCGCCGCGCUCCAUUGUCUGAUCUGCAUGUCGCCUUCUUCGCCAAACUCGUUAAUCUCUUGGAAACCUCGGACAAACACCGCAUUGUGGAAGCUGCUGUUCAACUUCCCAACCAGACCGCGGGUUUUCGACACGCCACAUCCCCUAUUGUAGCUCAAGUGUCCAUCCCAAAACUGAUUGACCAACUAGAGAACGAUCGGUUCGCCACCGUAGAGAGCAUCAUGGCUGCCUUGAACUUGAUUUCCCGAAUCUUCUGCUUCAGCAGAAAUGAACAGAGCGGCCGAACGAUUACGAACGAAGACUUACGACGCACAAUUCCGUGUGUCGCCGAGAGUCUCCACCGUGCACCUUCACAAGAAGUGACGUCGAGUGCUCUUGAAAUUGUGGAAGAGAUUUUCCAGCUUUUUAGCUACUCUGUCUCGCGUUUGCGCAUAUCUGAGUGGCUGGAGAAGAACCUCGCUCUGAUUGUGGACGAAGAAAUCGGGCUUCUUGGCGCGCUGCUCGCCCAGCUAGGCAAGAAGACGUUAUCCAAAACGGAGAAGACGCUGGUGCGACAGUUUUCCUCAUACCUCAUGUCCUUCCAGGCCAUCCGCAGAACCGGCGUGCCCAAAUUGGUGUCACACGGUUACCUCGUAUACAUCACCCACGACUUGCAGCGUUUCUCACUCCAGCGGGACGAAGUGAGCGACACGAGCCCUGUGGACCUAUUCAACCAAGUAUCCAAAGAAGGCAACUUCACCGAUGCCGCGCUAAAGGACAGGUUCCUUCAAGCAGGAUCGAUCGAGUCUCUUGCCACCUACUUCAGCCGGGAACCACGCAACCCCGACCCCGGUGCAGAUGUAUUCGCCGGUCUCCUGCGUCGCCUCCUCCGGCUGGUCAACGGCCCGCAUAAAACGAGGCUGCAGCAAACACGCAUCAUGGAGAUCCUCAUUGCUAGGUGUCCCAGCAUCCCUGAGGAGCCAGAGAGGAGGGACGAAGACGAUGAUGACCUCCUGCGACAGAUGGACCUCGUGCGCGGCUUCUUAGCGGACGGGACGCUAGAUCCUGGCUGUGUACCCCCGGUUCAGAUAGAUGAAGAGAACAUCGAGGAGGAGCCGGAACUGGAGCUGGAGGACCCAAAUUUAGAGGAAGCCCACAUCCAGCAAGAAGGGCUGGAGUAUCGUGUCCUGGAGGAAGGACUUCCUACGGUGGGGUCGCCGUAUGAGCUGCACCCACCAAUGGUCGGGUACCCGGAAGAUGGGCCGCAAGUCGGCUCGCCGUAUGAGCCACAGUAGGCUCUCUUUGGUUCUGGAUAGCAUGGUAUCAGCUUGGGAUUCCUUGUUUGUUCUUUUGAUGAUAUGUAUCCCCCUAUUGCGCUUCGUCGCACGCCUCUCAAAUCUCUUGUACUACC